AUUCAAACUGGUUCGAGCCGGAAGUUCGGGCUCGGAAUUCGGGACUUACAACGUGUUUUGUGUGGGGGAAACAGAUUGUUGUUUGUGGGCACUGAGGGUGGACGUGUAACAAAAGCUGUAUAUAAUUUAUUAUUACCUGACCGUGAUUCUAUUGAUUUGAACAGACUUGUUAUACAUCCUUCAUUGAAUCCCGUAAGUUGAAAUGGCCGAGUUGAAAGAUUACAAAAAAGUUCAUGAAGCGGAGCCGCAAGAUCAGGCAUCGGACCACUCGUCAGAUGCUAAAGAGGACGACACCGUCAACUUAAAACCAAAGAUCUCGUUACUUAAUGGAAUUACUGUUAUCGUCGGUAGUAUUGUUGGAUCGGGUAUCUUCGUCAGUCCUAGGGGUGUGCUGGCGGGGUGCGGUAGUGUAGGUCUCUCUCUGAUAGUAUGGUUACUAUGUGGCUUAUAUUCCAUGAUCGGGGCAUAUUGUUAUGCCGAACUUGGUACCAUGAUCACAAAGUCGGGAGCUGAUUACGCUUACCUGUAUGAAGCCUUCGGACCUUUUGUUGCAUUUCUUCGUCUUUGGAUUGAGUGUAUGAUUGUGAGACCAUGCUCUCAGGCCAUUGUUGCCCUCACGUUUGCCUAUUAUGUGAUAGAACCCCUGUUUCCCACUUGUGAUCAGCCAGAAAUAGCAGUUAGACUUUUGGCUGCUGUCUGUAUCUUGGUGUUGACCUUUGUGAACUGUGCCAGUGUGAAAUGGGCUACCAGAGUUCAGGAUGUGUUCACCUAUGCUAAAAUGUUGGCUCUGGCCCUUAUCAUCAUCACAGGAUUUGUUCAGCUGGGACGAGGUGAAUAUGAAUAUUUUAUAGACCCCUUUGUUAACACUGAAACGAACAUUGGAAAGAUCAGCGUGGCUUUCUAUCAGGGCCUCUUUGCUUACAAUGGAUGGAACUAUCUGAACUAUGUGAUUGAAGAACUCAAGGACCCGUACAGAAACUUGCCCAAGGCCAUUUGGAGUUCCAUUAUCAUGGUAACUGUGGUGUAUGUUCUGGCCAAUAUUGCCUACUUUACCACAGUUACUCCUCCUGAAAUCCUAGGUGGGGCUGCAGUAGCAGUGAUGUUUUCAGAAAGACUUUAUGGUAUAAUGUGGUGGAUUAUGCCAGUGUUUGUAUCGCUCUCCACAUUUGGAGGUGUGAAUGGCAUCCUCUUCACCACUGCCAGGUUGUUUUUCGUUGGAGGGCGUGAGGGACACAUGCCUAAGGUUCUCAGUUAUGUAUCUGUCAAACGUCUUACCCCAAUGCCAGCAGUUCUAUUUAUGGGACUGUUUUCGUUAGUAUACCUGGUAUCAUCAGAUCUGGAGGCUCUGAUUAAUUACGUGAGCUUUGUUAAUUGGUUGGCCAUUGGACUAUCAGUUGUCACUCUUCUGUAUUUCCGUAAAACCAGACCUGAUGCCAACAGACCUAUUAAGGUUGCCUUAGUGUGGCCCAUAAUCUACUGUAUAGUCACAGUAAUGCUGGUAGUUAUUCCUUUCACAACUAUCCCUACAGAAACAGGUAUAGGAUGUGCCAUCAUUGCCACUGGUAUUCCAGUCUACUUUGUGUUUAUAUACUGGACCAACAAACCUAAGGACUUCAACAGAUUUAUAGAUCGGUUAUCGGUGUCAAUACAAAAGAUACUGAUGGUCAUGCCAGAAGAACGGAAGGAUGUAUAAAGGCACCACAGACUAGUAAUACAUUUGUCUACAUCGCUUGUGCAGAGGUCAGCUAAUCGUCUUCACAUUGUCACCUGAAAUUCCUCUCCUCCAAUCAUAGCAACUCCCUCAUUCAGCCUCCAUGUUCAGCCUGACAUCAUGUGUUCCAGCUGUAGCAGAAUCUCAACAUCUACCAAGUGUUCAUUGGUACUAUUUAUGGCACUCAUUUAUUGUUAAAAUAUAUAUAUUUAUAUUUUGUUCUUAUAAUAUUGAUGAUAUUGUACAAGUUUGUGUUGUUUUAACAUGACAAAGUCAGUUUAUAUAAUCGUUUUCAAUCCACUUUAACUUUAUUUUAUCCUCAAAUUUUUACAUUCUGAAUUUUAGAAAUUAAUGAAAUGUUAUGAAUUUACAAAAACAAUGAAAUGUUAUGAAUUUACAAAAAUAAUGAAAUGUUAUGAAUAUACAUAAAUAAUGAAAUGUUAUGAAUUUACAAUAUUUUUAAUGCUGGGGAUGACAUUUGUAGUUUCUUGUUAGUGUUUGUCCCAGGACUAGAUCAUCCAGAAGUGUAGAAUUGCACCAUUCCUUCUGAGUCUUGAAUGGGUAGUUUUUGUGCUUUAACAGUGUGUGUUUUGGGUGUACUUGCUCUGAUUUUAUGUCAUUAUAGGGUUUUAAUAAUACACUUUAUUUUGUGUAGGAGGUCAUUUGAAGUAAUCAUGCUUGUUAUUUCUAUAGUAGAAGUCAAGUCUUAUACAUUAUUUGACAUAGAAACUAUGCUAAAAGUAUUUUGUAUAUAUAUGUGUAUGACACAAAGUUAUACAGGAAGAUUUUUUUUGUUUGUCAUUUGACAUAUGCAUUUCAUUUUGAGUUGCUUUCUGAAUAUUUUAAAAUCAUUGUUGUGUUUUAUCAACUGCUUUAUUUAUUUUACAUCUCAACAGUUUUUUCCAUUCUACAAUAACUAUUAGACUAAUUAUUAUAUUUUAAUAUGAUAUUUACUGAAGUUAAUAUAUAAAAUUGACACUCGUAUACCAGACAUUUUGCUGACUGACAGCAGAUGAGUGUUUUAUUUCUCAUUUUAGGGUUUGCAGUGCCUAUUGGCUAGCUUUAGCUCACAUGAGCUUCUCUGAUCAAGUUUGUCCAUCAUUUGUCAUUAUUGAAUUUUCAUCUUAUUCCCUAGAACCACGAAACCAUUUUCAACCAAAUGUGGCACAAAGUACUCUUUGUUACAGGAUUCCUAAUUCAUCGGGGAGAUAAAUGAGAAUAGUGAAAAUAGGGGGAUGUUUUUAAAACCCCAAUUUUAUAAAUCUUAGGAAGAAUAAAGGUUCAAUUUAAUGUUACUAAACCUCUUCAUGUAUUUUUUGUAUAGUUUCAAGUUGUUUUAUACCAUAUCCCCUAGACAGGACAACAGAAGGGUUCAAGGAAUUCAAAACCCCCACAAAGAAUCACAAGGACACAGUGUGAGUAGCAUGUAGUGUACAUUUUUCAGUCUAUAUCCUUGAAACCAUAGUGGAUCCACAAUAAGGGUUGACUGAUCUUAGUGUCGUAACUGUUUAAGUCAUCAUCCAUGUAUAAGCAUUAGGUGUCCCUGGUGAGCGUUGUGACUCCUGGACAUUUUGUUUUGAUUAUUUAUUUUAUUUUAAUCUUUUCACUUUGUGCUUUAUUAUUGUGAGGAAGUUUCAGUUUUAAGAUCAUGUUUAUAUAGGUCUGAUGAUAAACAUAAUUGUAUGUCCAGAUUAAUGUUGCCCCCUGGCCUUACACUGAAUGAUAUAUAUUGUUGAUUUCCCACAUUUGCUGUGUUGAUUUCUCUUUGUGCAUGUGUAUGUUGUAGAUUGCUUAGUGAAAUAUGUAACAAUAUUUACAUUUUCAAUGUAAUUGCCUUUGAUAUCUCUACAAAUUGUAAUGACAGCCAAUCCUCAUGAAUGUGCUGCAGUUGAAAACAAUGCAUGUAUGAAUAGAUAUAAAAUUUAGUACAUCUAUUUUAAUGACUGGGCAUUCUGACAGAAAUGAAAGUAGAAGGUAAUUAAUGCUUAUCGCCAACGUGCUUUUUAUGAAGCAAAAAGCACUAACGUGCUUCAUGAAGUAUGUUGGUGUAAAGUGUCACAUUUCAUACCCUCCUGUUUUUUCUACAAUGAAAUUUAUUUCUUAACUCACAGGUAAUCAUACUUAACAAACCAACCAUCCAAUUUACACAGCUUUACAAAUUAGCAAGCUGCAAUGUAUAUUAUUUAUACUUUUGAUGAAAGUUGUUAACUGACUCAAAUUGAAAAUACCCAAAGCAUAUCUGAUAUGAUGAUUUCAAAUACCUCGUAAAAUGCUACAGGUCAGUGAACAUUUUAUUGAAAUCUUAUCACAUGCAUGACCAUUAUAAACAUUUAGAACUCAGGUUUUACAAAUAAAAGUAUUCAAUCUGUGUGACUGUGAAUUGAUGUUCUUUCUAAAUCUUUAAAGAAAAUUUGUGGUCUAAGGAAGCAUUCAGUUUUGCAACUGAAUUUAUGCUGGUUUGGUUCAAUUUUAUGUUUAUGCUUUGUCAUUGAUCUCAAAUUCCAUAUUUAAGAUAGGAUGUGUUUUUUUUAAAGUGGUAAUAUACAUUUUGUAGCUCUGUGCAAGGAGUCAAUUUAGAGUUUAGAAGAAAGUGAUGUUUGUAUUAUUCAAUUGCAUUCGCUUUUAAGAUUAGUGUUUCUCGAGUAUUGGUGGUGGAGGCCAUUUAAUGUACAUAUAAUCUGAGUCGGUGUUAUUGUGAACUGAUUUUAUUGUGUGAAUGAUUAGUUUUUAUGGAUAUUUUUGCCCCAAGUGAGCUUUUCUGUGUGAGAUAAAUAUAUUCACUAUAGUUGCACAAAAUUAUGACAUCUUGGACUCAGUUUAAAAAGAAAAAUAUUUCUCUGUAGUGUAUGUAUGGUGUAGAAUGUUAUCUUUCUGUGGCAAAUAAAAAACUAUAUUUCUGAA